UAGAAACUUUCAAAAUGGCGGCCGUCGAAGACGAAGUUGAUAAAGAUGGAGAAGACGUUACUUUCAAAUCACUGGUAAUAAGGGGUUAUAAUACACAUUUCUAGAUAAAGGCUCUCAAAUGAAACUUUUUAAUUUGGCCUUUGAUGUUUUCAUAAGGGAAUUGUCGAUGUUUUGUGUGAAGCCUGCCAACAAUUGGGAUGGAAGUCACCCACAAAGAUACAAAGAGAAGCCAUUCCAGUUGCUUUACAAGGUAGUUAUUGGUAAAAUUUGGCAAUAUUUCGAGAGUAUUUCAUAUUUUAUUGGGUAGAGAAUGCUUAUUAAUGAUAGGCAAUCUAAAUCGAGCCAUUAGGGUUGGGGACCUUGUCCUGGUGGUCUUUUUGUUUAUCACUUAAACUCUCAGAAGUGAUCAACAUGCUAUUUCUCCCUUUAACAUCCAUACAUUAUCCAGCAAACAGGUCUUGAGAAUACUCAAAUUUAUCAGGUAGAAUUUGUUAUCCUGAUCUAACACCAAAUUCUCACGACUAAUUUACAAGGAAAUGUGUGUCACCUAGGGAGGAGAAUCAGCAGUAAGGAUUAAACACCUUAUGUUGAUGGCUUAUCUCAGUAAAGAGGAAACACAUCAUAACUGUUGGAUAAUAAGAAAGGGACACACCAUGGGUAUAUGACAUGACACAUUCCAUUAGAUAAAAGAAUACACACUGGCCCCUCUUUUCAUUUUGUUGAAAGUGUCAACAUGGCCAUUAAUUUUUUCUUGCACUGAAAACUUGGCAGUGUUUUUGCAGUUUUUUGAUCCUUUAAUAUGCUUUGGAUUAUCUUAUACUUUUUCUUGCAGGCAAUGAUAUAAUUGGUUUAGCAGAAACAGGUUCUGGGAAGACAGGAGCAUUUGCUCUUCCAGUUCUUCAGAAGCUACUUGAAAAUCCGCAGAGAUUGUAUGCCCUUAUUCUAACACCAACAAGGUUUGAUUGUGUGUAUUCUUCAAAUCCAGUUUGUUUUUUUACUUCAUAUGCUCAGGUUAAAGUUUAGUAUAUGUGAAAUUAUGGAAAGAGAAUUUUUAAAGAUUGUUCAUUGUUUUCAUAUUUGUUUUAAUCAGCCAUAAUAAAAGUUUACUUAAUAGUCAUUAUUUUAUACUCUAUUCUUUGGCGUACUCAGAGAACUGGCAUUUCAGAUUUCUGAACAGUUUGAAGCCUUAGGUGCAAGUAUUGGAGUGAAGUGCGGUGAGUUUUUUAAUUUUUUAAUCUAAGAUUAGGUUUAUUUUGCUUUGCUUUGCUCUGUGAUUGGUCUCAAAAACUUGUACCACACUCUCAACCAAUUACAGAAUGAUGCAAAACUAGAACCAAUCAUGGCUUGGCCACCUGUGUUUUCCCAGGCUUUGGACAGUUUGCUUGGUUUUAGUUUAAGUUCUCAUGGGUUUUUACUGUUGUGGUAAUUUUCUCUCUUCUUCUUACUGGUUGUGGUCAUAACUGUGGUUUUGGUUUUGCUGCACUCAAUCAAAGAGCGCUGUAACAUUUGAGUUGAGUACCACAUGACUUUUGACCAUUUGAUAUCAUCAAGAUGUGGCUAAACUAUAUAUUACAAUUAUCUGCAGCUGUAAUAGUUGGGGGAAUUGAUAUGAUGUCACAGGCUCUGAUGUUGGCAAAAAAGCCUCACAUCAUAAUAGGUAAUGAAAAAAUACCUUAUUUAUAACUUUAUCUUAUCAAUAACCACUUGAAAUGCGUAUACAUGUAUGUCACUGAAACCUCUUUUAAAAAGUUAUUUAUAUGAUGAUGAUAUGAUGAUGUUCAGCCCUUUUCAGGCAGUAACUGGUAAAAUUUACAGCCUCUAAUACCUUUGUAACUGCCUGAAAUCACUUGGAAUUAUUGAAAAUUUUACCAAUAGAAGGAUUGCUGUGCAGGUUUAAAAAUUUAUUUCACUCGUCCUGCUUAAAAUAAGGGAGAACCCCUGCAUUAUCCUUUAAAAUGUCAGCAAACCAGAACUGUUUUCAUUUCUUGUUUAUCACCCCAACAGAUAAAUUGUCCUAUCAGAUUUGACAGAAAAUAGUGAAUAAGUUAAAACCAGAGAUAUCUAAUGUUCAAUUAUUAUGAUCUAUUUUUCAUCUACACUCUGUAUCUGUAUCUGUAACAAAUUGAUCUUAUUGUAAAUUUAUGUUUGUGACAUUUAUUUCCAAUAAGGGGAAGUAGGCACUGAAAAAUUUUUUAAUUUUUAGCCUCACCAGGAAGGCUUGUUGAUCAUCUAGAAAACACAAAAGGAUUCAAUUUAAGAACUCUGAAAUACCUGGUAAGUGAAUAAUGUCACAAUUACUCUAGUUACUUUUGAAACAAGUUUAUCCCCACAUAUACACCUGUACAAUGUUUUCCAAAUCUCUUUACCUUGUCACUGGGUCUACAAAUGAUCAGAAUACAAAUUAAAAAGGUAAUCUUUUGCUAAUUCUUUCACUUUUUAUUUAUAGAUAAUGGAUGAAGCUGAUAGGAUAUUAAAUCUUGAUUUCGAAAAAGAGGUAUGUGAAAGAAAUGAUAGAAAAUAAAUUGAUUUAAAAAUUAUCUUUAUUAGUACAACUUUGCAUGGGCUCUUAGAAACAGAAGAGAAACUUAUCUAGGAAUCUCUAUUUCUUUUUAUUUGUCAGUUUUUGUUGACAUGUAGUGUUGUAUGUAUUUGCUUGUUUUGUUCCCCAUGAAUUGAAUUUCAAGUCAGUUGGAGUAUUGAAAGAGGUUUUUUGCUUUCAAUAAGGAUAGUGCUUUCUUCUUUACGCAUUGUGUACAUAAACAAAUUUAAAAAAAUAGUUGGUAUUAGGGAGCUUAUGCAAACCAAAAACGUCAAUGGCAACAAGGAUAUGGCAGAACAGGAGAUGUAAUUGGCAAAACAAUAGCACAGCACAUGCAUUUAAGAACUUUGUACAUUCCCAAGCUAUUCUCUGCAAAGCAAAAUGGUAAACACACCAAAAUUUGGUGAUAAGUUUCCAGUUGGAACUCAUUGCUACUCACAUACCUCAAACACAUCCAGCCAUUCACAAAAUUCUAACUAGUACAAGUAUAGUUUCAGUUUUUUUUUUUAAUAACUCCCUUGGUAUUGUCGUCUUCACUGUAAGGUCUCUUACAAAACUGAGAGGAGGGAAGUAUCAUUAGGUUGAACAGAGAGUCUCACAUUUGCUGAACUUUAGGUGGACAAGAUAUUGAAGAUAAUUCCUAGAGAGAGAAGAACAUAUUUAUACUCUGCAACCAUGACAAAAAAGGUGACGGAUAUUCUAUAUUUCAUAGUAAUAAAAUACUAAUAGUUACCUGGGAGAAUAAUCAGCUGUCAUUUAUUUUGAAACACUGUACAAUAUGUUAUUUGUUUAUUUUGGAAGGGAGAGUAGAUCGCAGACAGAAAAGAAAAAAGAUUAUUUCAGACUGUCAUUAUAUUAAAUCAAAAGACAUUAGUUUUAUUUUUCUCCAACAGUAACAGUAAGGUAUAACAGUAAGCUAUAUUGGAAAAAUGCACAUCAGUGAAAAAAUUGAGACUGUAUAAUAGCAAUAUCACAUGCCCCAUAUACUGUGUUUUUAAAUCUGAUUCACCUGAAUUAUGUCACAGGUUCAAAAGCUUCAAAGAGCUUCUUUACAAAGUCCUGUUAAAGUUGAAGUUGCUACAAAGUAAGUGGUGUUCUUACCUGUUUGGUGCUCUCUGUGUGAUAACAAUGUAGCAAUUAUCAAGUAGGGUUGUGGGUUAGCCUCAGCUCACAGAAUUUCCUUCUCUUUUAAGAUACACCACUGUGGACAAGUUACAGCAGAGUUAUUUGUUUAUACCAAACAAAUUUAAGGUAAUGAAUGUGCUUUUGGCACUAUUGAUGAAUCCACUUUGGACAAAGAUUUGUAAUGAGGUGCCAUUGAUUCCUUUAAGACUUUGACCCCCGCCAGUGACCAGCACUUGAUUUCUCCUGCCCACUCCUGUCACCUAAUCUGAUUCUUUUUGAAAACACUGUCAGUUUUUGUGAGAUUAAUGCUGAAAUUCCUAUUUACGGGAAAUAUUCUGCUACCUGAUAAUUCUUCCUACUGUUAGUCCUGAUCGUCUUUGAAUGAGUGAUUUAUUUUUGUCCACAGGACUGUUAUCUUGUAUCUGUCCUCAAUGAACUGGCUGGAAACAGUUUCAUGGUGUUUUGUGGCACGUGUAACAAUGUGCAGAGGUAAAUAACCCUUUGACUCUAAGGGUGACAAGAAUCUAAUUUCUCCUUACAGUAUCACCCCAGAGUCACACUUUAAGGUCACAAUCAUAAAGGAAAUGUUUGCCUACAGAAAAAGCUCUUGAUUGCUUUACAAAUUCUCCUUGGCGGCACCUUGAGAAAUGUAGAGAGAACAGUAUGGAGAAUAUGCAUACUGAUGUUAAUGUGUAACUGUUUAAAAGCCAAAACUCUAGUCAGAUGCAGACAUCCAUGAUAAUUGUAUUUUGUUUUUAGAGUGACACUCAUGCUGAGAAAUCUCGGUCUCCAGGCUGUGCCUCUUCAUGGACAGAUGACUCAGGUAUCAAAGACAGUAACUGUAACAACUAACAAUAAAAAUAUUAAAUACACAUAUUUCAAACUUAGAAUAUACAAACUGUAGCAGGGGUUCAAUAGCUUUUUCCACACUUGGCUGCCCAUGUUGUAAUUGGCAGCUGUACCUGGAGAAGGACCGUAAGGCAAAAUCCUUGCUUGCAACCAAAUAUACGUUUGUUUCAGUUCUUAUAGGCGGUAGUAAAGUGUAGUCGCGUAUGCACGUACACAAGUGUAAGCAAGAAUACCAUAGUGAAACCCCCUUGUAGAUGUAGUCUAUUGGUAAUUUCUUUGCACACAAAGUGAUCAGCUUUUUUUUUUAUCUUCAGGAGAAACUCGGCUUUUCUUCAACUUGUAGCGUUGUUGUGCUUGGGGAAAAUAAAAUGAAAAUUCUUGCAAUUGCGUUACAUCUACCCUAUGUAUGGUAUUGGAGAUAAAUUAAAAUUCUUAAGAGAGGUCGAGUGACUGCAACUCACAAGUAUUUUGUUUUCUAUUUUCAGUCAAAAAGACUCGGCGCCCUGAACAAGUUCAAGUCCAAAGACCGCUCAAUUCUGAUCGCCACAGAUGUGGCUAGCAGGGGCCUGGACAUUCCACAUGUGGAUGUUGUUAUUAAUUUUGAUAUACCAACACAUUCCAAGGUACAAACAUGCAUACAAUGUAUAGAAACAGAAACUUCCACUUUCCUCGAAAACAUGCUCUUUGUUCCGAAAGGAAAAUGGUUUUCGGGGAAAAAUCUAAGUUUCGAGUCACAGAUAAUGUCCAAGGACAAAUAUUUAAGCCAUUUAUGAAGCUAAGUAGAGGCUAUCGUAUGUAUAAGUAGGAAACAACUUGUUACCUGCUCAUUCACGGGCUUCGAUAAAACCAGUUCAGCUUUUAACCGUUUAGUUAACUUCCAGAUGUUCCGAACCAACCUUUUAAGAAUUGUAUGGCAGACAGUAAGAUGAAUUACUAGUGAGAUCUUUGGAGUGAGAGGGCUAACCUUUCAAGUUUGCUACAUUGCUUACAAAUUUACAGAGAACAAUUUGCGGUAAUCUCUGGAAAAGUUGAAAUAUCAAACUUCGUGUACCCAUAUCCCUAACCUUGUUUCGUGUUGUAACUACUUAUUCCUUAGGUGUUUCUGAACGUUCUUGUUAACUAUCAUGUCAAGUUGACAACUAGGCUCUUCCCCUUAUUCAUUCUUGUUUCUUCUUCCUUAGGAUUAUAUUCAUCGAGUUGGACGAACAGCUAGAGCUGGGCGUUCUGGGCGCUCUAUUACCUUCGUUACUCAGUAAGUUUUUCUUCAAUUUCCGGCUUUAAUCGUCGCGGAUGGAUUGAAUCGUUUUUAGGCAUCUCAAACUGGUUUAGAUUGAGUUUCGUGACAAAUCGCAAUGUUAGCUACCAAGGUUUGGUUUUCCAUCAAAAUGUGACAAACAAGGAAACAUAAGUUUUUUAUUCAAAUUUAUUUUGUCUUCCUCUCACUUUCCACUCCAUGAUUAAUAGAGAUCUGAGUAGUUCUUGUUUUAUUUACAGGUAUGACGUGGAAUUAUACCAACGAAUCGAGCAGCUUAUAGGCAAAAAACUGCCUCUGUACCCCACAGUGGAGGAGGAAGUCAUGUUACUGAUGGAACGAGUUACAGAGGCACAGAGAUACGCUAAGAUGGUAAGAAUUCCCCCGCAUUUGACUCCAUACAUUCAAGUGUGCUUGUAUGUAACAUGCAUAUGUAGUUGAAAAAGUAGAUUCCAUGCUGCCGCGCUGUUGUUCAGUAAUAAAAUACAGAUGACGUCAAAAUUUGGUAGGAAUAAAAAGGUGAAACACCAGGCGGAGCCAAGGUCUUUACUUAAUAGAGAGAUUUAGCUUCGCGUUUCAGUGAAAUGUGAGCGGCAAGGGUGACCACGUGACCACGAUUUUCCCGUCAUUUUUUUCACGUUUGCUGCUUGCGCUUUGCUGUUUCUACGUGAGAGUAAGCUGUUUCGCGUUCGCUGUGUACAUACGAUUUUUUCCCGUUUUUCCCUCACAGAGUAGAAGUUAGUUACCGGAAAAAAAUUGGGCCAAAUCUAUUUCCCUUAGUUCAUACAAGGGAAGAUGAAGGUUCAUGUUAAAAAUCCUAUAAAUGCCGCACUUUUCGUCAGCAGCUGCAGGAACUCACGUCGAUUCAUGAGAAGGCUCCAUCGAAACUCGAUAAGUUGGAGCAAGAUACGCCUGACGAAGGGCUAACAAAGUUGACGUCAGUUUUUGAAACUUUCCACAGUGGCCAGUUUACAUUAUUAACUCAAUGAAAACUAAAUUACUCUGUUCUGAUAGCAGUCUGAGUAAAACCUGUAAAAUAUUCACACAUGUAACUUGUCGAUAAAAGAGUUAAAAUAGUUUCCUUGGGUAUACCGGCUGGGCACUAAAUUUCACCCUUUAAAGCCGGGUUGCUCAUGACAGUCCCAGAGUCAAUGGAUCCCCAACCAUUCCCCUACCGGCAAAUCUUGUCCACAUCCUCCCGAUUCUUCUUGUUUUUCUCCAACUAAGAUUCGUCUUAUUCCCAUUAGGAGCUCCGAGAGUUGCAAGAGAAAAAGAAGAGGCCCUUAGACGAAGGAGAGAACAGUCAAGAGAUCAGAAUGCCGAGCAAGAAAAAGAAAUUUGCUGCUGGCAAGAAAAAGGGAAAGAAAUUUAAAUAAACAAUAUUACCUACGCAUGUCAUCGUGCAUGGCUUCUUUGCAUUGAGAAUGCCGCUUUGCAUCCUACCAAUUUUUAAAAUUGUAAAAUUGUAGCUUUGAAGCCGUGGAAUCGUGAAGUUAUUGUUUCUUGAGAAAAUUCUACAAACGACUUCCCAUUAAUAACGUUGUGAGAGUCAUGAAAACAUCACCGUAAACUGCUACACUAACGUUGCAUAAAAUGUGAAAUUGAAUGACCUGAAAUCACAACAGCUUCAACAGUAAAAGGUAAAGACAUAUAUCUACAUUUGAAAUUUUUACUGUUUGUCGCAGAUGUGUAGUUUUUAUUGAUGAUACUACCCUUCAGCUAUACCUAGGCUUCUUGAAACUGUGAUUGUUUUUAAACCUAGUUAAUUGUCAUCCCUAUAAAAAAAAC